GCACGAUGCCUCUCUAAACUCCUUACCCACCGCUGCGGACGCCGUCUGACCAUUAUUUAAUGGUAGACUCAACAUCUGGACCUUACACACCAUCUUCCACGCUUCUCAAGCCGUUGGCAAACCGUAAUGUUCAGAUCGGCGACGACACGGAUCGCCCACAACGCGCACGUCCCGGUGCUAGCCCAGGCUGCGAUCAGCAAGGACCUCAAAGCGCUGCAGGAGCUCAUAAAUGCUGAGAAGGCAGUACAGCAGACCCUGCAGAGGCUCGGCGGUGAUCUCACUAAAGCAGCGGAAGCCGCCAAAGUAUGGGCAAGCGGAGAAGGCGAUGAUCUCGGGGAUACCCUUACGGCAUGCACAGCAUUGCUACUGCACUUCGCGAACGCCCUUAACCGCUUCUCGACACACACCGGCACCGUGCGAGAACAGAUGAAGCAGGUGCGCACGCGCGAGGAGAACCUCGACGAGCUCAAGAAGCGCAGGAAGUCGCUAGUGUCCAAGGCGGACUCGGCUGACAAGAAACUCAGCAAGAUGAGCGGCGAACACAAGAACUUCCAGUCUCAGGCGGACAGUCUGAACAAGCUCCGUGAGGAAAUUCGCGCAAUGGACACCGAGAUCCUCGAGGAGGAGGCGAGCCUCGCCGACCUCAAACGUUCGAACGCUCGGAGUUGGAUGGGGACCAAGCUCGGUGCGCUUGCCGAGUGCUGUGAGAAGGGCUUGAUUGUGAGUGAUAUAGGCAAGCUGAUCGUUGCCGAGAUACCUCAAAUGAAGAGCGAGCCUGGCCUUCCUCGUCCAUACUACACUGGUCACGCGAAUACCGAAGCUCUGGUCGCCGAAGGCAGGCGCAGAAUUGAAAGCGUCACGUUCUCAACUGAUCCCUCCGUGGGCGUCCGCCAACCAUCAGGGUCAGAACUUCCGCCUAUACCAGGCAGAGUAUCACGCUCGAGCUCAGUACAAUUUGCGUACGGCAAUGUCCCAUCCGUGCCCAGCACACCAGAUCCUACUUUACGCAACAGUAAUGGCACUCACUUCAGCCAGGUCUUUAUGUCACCCGCGGGCACGUCGUACAUCGGACUACCUGAAGUUGGGUCUAGUACCCCUGGCCUGGGGAUGACGGCUCUCUUGGAGUCUGGUGGGUCGCCCUACCAGCUCCCGCGUUCGCCUCCGCCUGGCUCUGUAGUGACAGCCGCGGAUCCCUACGACCCGUACGCCGCAGUGACCAAACAGACCCAGUACACUGGGUACACCCCAACCACAAUGGACGAAUUUGGCGUUCCCCCAAGCCCAGCGUACGCGCCACGCACCUCGUCCCUGCGGAACUUCAACGACGGCUCUCCUGCGCCGUCGCCCAUGGGCCCGCGUGGCGCCCGCUUCGCAACGUUCCCGACGAAGAAUGCAAUCACCGGACCGCGUCCGCAGUCCGAAGCGUCCAGCUCGUCAUUCGUGCCGGCGCCGCCGCGGCUUGACGCCCGGGUGCCGUCGCUCGAGAUUGACCGCGAGGCAGACACAUCGUUCUCGUCGAGCGUCGCCGAGGCGCUCGGCGACGAGUGGCCAGAGCGCGACAAACACACGACGGCGACGGGCGCGCAGCCGGGGAGCAAGGCGUACGAGAGCAAGAUGUACGCGACGAACCACGACUACCCGUUCCCGCCCCCGCAGUACACAGCCGUGUCCGACGUGACGCUCGGUGCGAUCGUGGAGCAGCCGACGGGGACGGCGGGACGUGGCGAGCAGCGCGACGUGCAAGUCCCUGGAGAACCACAAACCAAUCAAGGCGCCGUCGCUGAGAAUCCCUUCGGCGACAACGAACCAUCUGUUGCUGAGGGCGCAGAAGAGUCAGCGCUUGCAUAUAUGUCACCACUGUCGGAAAACCGUGCCUCGCUGCCGUUGUCAUCCGAUCAUAGCCACGAAGGGAGGCGGGUCAGGUUUGAAAGCUCCGAUGUCUCCGCCGACGCUGAGUCUCCGAAUGUUGCUAUGCCUGAGCCCACCACUGCGGGCGAGAUACGCGCUCAGUCGCCUCCUGCAAGGGCUGAUGUUACUCUCGCACAAAACGCUACAAUUCCUGCGCGGUCGCCUCCUCGCUCGCCCGUUGUCUCGUUCACUGCUGCUACCCCAGAAAUCCCGCAGACGACGUCGUCGCCGCCUCUCCCCACGUCUCCGGAAGAGGAAGAGAAGGCUCUGAAUGCGGCUGCGGCGCGUGAAGUUUCGCGAGAGCUGGACGCGCUCAUGUUCAACUCGCCCCUCAAGACUUCUGACCCACCAAGGUCUGCCCCAAAGCCUGAUCCACUUGAGGUGCCCGAUCGACCAUUCGUACGGCGGCAUACGCCUCGCCGCUCGAGCGUUGGUGGGGACUCUAUAACACCACCUACAAGCCUACGAAACGAGCCAUCGUGGACCAGGGAGCGGGACCGCUCCAUAGUUGCAUCGUCUCCGACAUCUGCAGCACCGCACUCUCCGACAGCCAGCAGCUUGCAUGACCACUCGGCAGACGGACACUCAGACGCACCUGCACCUGCACCCGCUCAGCCGCCGCCGCCGCCGCCCAUAACCGUUCCUCCAGCUUCCUCGUCGCCUGCACCAUCCUCGACAAUGAGCACGCCGUUUAGGACCCCGCUCUCCGAGUACCCCCCGCCGCCCAAGGGCGGGUCGUUCUACAACUUGCCCGGGGCCUCUACCUCGGGCAGCGUCGCGCCGGGAGGGGUACGCACGAUCAGUGCCGCAGCGUUCAAGCGGCAGCUGCGCAGCCCGUCGUCGCCCCCGUCGCAGGAUACGGCGCUCAGCGGCGGGACGAGCCCCCUCAACGUAUACAAGCGUGCGCUGGGCUCCCCGCAGCCUCCGCCGCGCGUGCCUGGCUACGCGGGCUCCCCUACCACCGAGCCGCGCAGUCGGUCAGUGUCGGUGACGUCUGGUGCGCGCCAGCAGGGCGGCGGGCACCAGGAGGAAGACAGUUACGACUACAUCUCGGCGUACAUGGACGAUGUUCAUGCGGAUGCUGGUGAGGGUCAUGGGCAUGAGUGAGGUCAUCACGAACUUGCGGUCUGGGGGUGUUUGGUAAUGGGAGGAGUGUCGUUUGGGUUAUAAUUUAGCGAUACCUACGACCUGGUUUGUUCCCUUUUUUGUUUCCACACGGAUGGUUGUAUUUAUACUCGGAUCAUAGUGUUAAUGUAUCUGGCAUUGCCACGAUAUUUGUUAGCUCAACACGACAAUUC